AUGGUGGGGAAAUUUAUUGGGCAAAGAGAUGUGUCGGAUCAUUGCCCGGUAUGGGUGGUAGUUGAUAAAGAGGAUUGGGGUCCCAAACCAUUCAAGUUCAAUAAUGAAUGGUUUAAAAAUAAGGAGUUCUUGCAUUUUGUAGAGAUGGAAUGGAAGGCGAUAAUAGUUCGUGAUAUAGGGGAUUUCGUCUUAAAAGAGAAAUUUCGAAUCAUUAAGGAUAGACUUAGAUGGUGGAACAAAAUGGUGUUUGGUAAGUAUGAUUUGGAAGUGAAGGAAGGGGUAAGAGAGUUGUAUGAGGCGGAUGAUUGUGACCAUUUGGGUGAAGAGAUUCAACUUAUCAAAAGAAAGGCUAGUAGUAUAUUUUGGUUGAAUCUUAAAAUCGUGGAGAAUAUGCUUAUUCAAAAAUCUAGAUUAAAUUGGCUUAAUGAUGGGGAUUCCAAUACUAAAUACUUCCAUAGAGUUAUGAAAGAAAGGAGGAGAAAGAAUCAUAUUUGUUCCAUUACCACAAGAAGUGGUAUUAUUGAUAAAGUGGAGGAGGUAAAGGAAGAAGUGAGGCGUCAUUUUAAUAGUAAGUUCAAGGAGGAUAGCUUUAGUAGACCGGUUCUAGAGAAUGUGUUUUUUAAUUCUUUGAGCAUGGAGGAAAGCGCUUCUCUUGAGUCUCCUUUAUCCGAGGAGGAAAUAAAGGAGGCGGUAUGGAAUUGUGAUGGUUCGAAAAGUCCGGGGCCAGAUGGAUUCUCCCUUCUUUUUGUGAAGAAAUCGGAAGGGCUUAAAAUUAUGGUUACUAAGGCGGUGGAAAACGGGGAUUUUAUUGGUUGUAAAGUCAAAGCUACUUCCUUUCUCUCUUGCAAAAGGGAGGAAAAGGAGUUUUCUUUUCUUGGUAUCCGUAUUGGUUCAAAUCCUAGAAGGAUAAAGUUUUGA